AUGCCGUCAUUCUCGCUGCUUACUGCGGCCAUUGCCGCAUCGAUGAUCUCUGGCAGCAGUGCAUCGAUCCAGAAUCCAGAGAUAAUGCCAACGCCUCCCAUGGGAUUCAAUGACUGGUCCCGGCUUGAAUGCGCAAUUAACCAGAGCGUCUUUACCGACACGGCUGAUGCCAUGGUCUCAAAGGGCCUGCUCGCUGCCGGCUACAAUCGUGUCAAUAUCGACGACUGCUGGAUGGCAGAUACCCGUACAGAGGAAGGAAAAUUGACCUGGAAUGAGACGCUAUUCCCAAAGGGACUGCCGUGGUUGGGGCAAUAUCUGAAGGAGAAAGGCUUUCAUUUCGGCAUUUAUGAAGACGCCGGAAACGAGACCUGUGGGGGUUACCCCGGGUCGUAUGGCUAUGAAGAAGUCGAUGCGCAGACUUUUGCAUCCUGGGGCAUUGAUUACCUCAAGGUUGACGGAUGCCAUGUCACUCCCACUACUGAAGUCGAAUAUCAUAAACGAUACGCAGCGUGGCACGACGCAUUCAGCAAGAUGGAAGACCCCUUGAUCUUCUCUCAGUCGGCACCCGCCUACUUCUCGUUGUGGCUUACUGGGAGUGAUAACCUGACGGAUUGGUACACAGUAAUGGAUUGGGUGCCAUACAAUGGCGAGUUGGCGCGCCAUUCAGCCGACGUUCUUGUUUACGUGGGUGUUGAAGGGCUGUCCGGAUGGGACAGUGUGAUGCAAAACUACAACUACAACACCCAACUCGCACGCUACCAAAGACCUGGCUACUUCAAUGACCCGGACUUCUUAAUUGUCGAUAACCUAGAGCUCACGUUGACCGAAAAGAAAUCACACUUUGCUCUUUGGGCAUCCUUCUCCGCGCCACUGAUUAUUAGCGCUUGGAUUCCUGACCUGCCGGAGGAUGUGAUUUCGUAUUUGAAAAAUUCCGAUUUGAUCAAAGUAGACCAAGAUCCGUUAGCACAGCAGGCUACUCUAGUCAGCCGUGAUGACUCGUUUGAUGUCCUGACCCGUAGCCUUGCCAAUGGCGAUCGUCUGGUUACUGUGCUGAACCGGGGCAAUGACACUGCCAGCACGACUGUUAGUGCUUUGCGUCUUGGUCUACAAGCAACCGAGUCAAUCUAUUCUGCCAAGGAUCUGUGGACCGGAGAGGCCAUCAACUUCAAGGGCGAGCUGAAAAUCAACAAACUCGCAUCUCACGCCACCGCAGUAUACCGCAUCUCUCUAUCAGGACUACAAUCACUCACAGUAUUUCCCACUGGUAUGAUAUUCAACGCGGCGUCCACCAACUGCCUCACCGCGGGUGCCAGAAACCAGGAAGUCAAAUUUACCACCUGCGCUGGCACUGACGAUCAAGUUUGGCAAAUUCGGCCUUUGACUGGCACUAUAAGCCCAUUGUCUGCUAGGAAUCUAUGUUUGACGGCUGAGGGCGGGAGGACAGUGCUAAAGGAAUGUAGAUUGAUUGAUUUUGCCCAAGAUUGGGAGUAUUCUGUGCGUGGGUAUUUGACGAACAAGUGGACGCAUGAGUGCAUCACAGAAGAUUCGGGAUCGAGCUCGAGCAAAUGUUUGUACGAGGUUGAUAGCCAGGUGUGGUCCCUUCCAGCCGGUGUCAAGGUUCACUGGUAG